CCCUUCCCCACUGCGCCUCCCGUUACGCUAUGGAUGCCGCAAUGGUUUUUUAAAAAUAAGAAAUUCUCGCGAUUUUCUUGCUUCUUCGCCGCAGGAUCACAGCACCAAGCUUGGAGCUUCGUCUCGGACUUCCAUCGCUUCUUCGCAGGGCUCUUGGCGGCUCGAGAAGAGAGAGAGAGAGUGAGCGAUGGCAGCCGCGGCCGAGCAGCUCACACAGGAGCAAUUGGCGGAGUUCAAGGAAGCCUUCAGCUUGUUCGACAAAGAUGGUGAUGGCUGCAUUACAACCAAGGAGCUGGGCACGGUGAUGAGAUCCCUGGGACAGAACCCAACCGAGGCGGAGCUGCAGGACAUGAUCAACGAGGUGGACGCCGACGGCAAUGGAACCAUCGAUUUCGCCGAGUUCUUGAGCCUCAUGGCGCGCAAGAUGAAGGACACGGACUCGGAGGAGGAGCUCAAGGAGGCGUUCCGGGUGUUCGACAAGGACCAGAACGGAUUCAUCUCCGCGGUGGAGCUGCGGCACGUAAUGACGAAUCUGGGCGAGAAGCUCACGGACGAGGAGGUGGACGAGAUGAUCCGGGAGGCGGACGUGGACGGCGACGGGCAGAUCAACUACGAGGAGUUUGUCAAGAUGAUGAUGGUCAAGUAGGACGGAUCUCGAGGUUUCAAGACCUCUAGAUCAAGCUCGAGAGAAAUCAAGAGUGAGAAAGAGAAAGUUUAACAUUUAUAUAUAGGUUUUUUUCGUUGAUCAUCG